AUGGAUCUGUCGGAAGCGGCAUUUGAGAAAAUCUUUACCAGAAUGAAGUAUGAGAUGGAACUGCAGACUGAAACUAUAUAUCAUAGGCUUAGAGAUUCUCUAAACGACGAAAUCACGGAUGUGCGAAAGAAACAAGAAGAGAGUGAUGAAAAGAUCAAGCACUUAGAAAAUAAAAUCUCGCUAGUAGAAAAUAGAGAGAGGCAGCGAAACAUCAUUUUCCAUGGCGUAAUCGCAGAAAAUUGGGAAAAGGAAGAAAAAGUGAUAGAAAUUGUGAAUGAAGUCAUGGGAAUUACACUCGAAAGAAACGAGAUUCAGUUCAGCAGGAGACUAGGGAAAUCUAACAAAAGCCCAAUACUGAUCAAUCUCUCAUCCCAAUGGAAAAGAAAUAAAAUCCUGAAAAACAAGAGAACUCUAAAACAAAAGAACACUGAAGUUUAUGUUACAGAAGACUUUCCCAAAGAGGUUUUAGAAGAGAGGAAGAAACUUAGAGAACAAUUGGACGAAGAAAAGAAAAAAGGGAAUGUAGCAUAUAUAAGAUACGAUAAACUGAUAGUAAAAGGGAAAACCGACAGCAAGAAGAGGGCCCUCUCUCAGUCCCCACAGCAAGAUAGCAAUGGAGCAUCGCCCAGCAAUCAAGGACCAGCCAAACUACAUAAGGGAGACACACUACAACAGGAGAAGGCGAGGUCAACACAAGGAAAUGAUGAAGCAUAG